AUGCGUCAGGCGGUAGCGAAGUCGUUUGGUUACAAGUCCGCCCGGGGUAAGUCCCUGACUUUGGCAGUGGGUGAUGCCGUGCUGAUCUAUCGCCCUGGUAAGAAGAUAUCCCCUGCGUUUCGUAUGGGAAGGGUGACCGCUUUGGCUGCCGGGCAGCGUUCGGUUACUGUCCGACUGAUGGAUGGAUCCGAGUCAGUACAGCAUCACUACAAUGUGGUUAAGUUAUUGAGAGAUCCUGCCCUGUCGCAGCAGGGAGGGCAUGAUGAGAACUGA